ACCCACAAAAAAAAAUCAGUUUGGUAACGACAAAAACGAAAACAUUGUAGUGUUUUCAGUUUUCACACCGCAUUUGAGGAUCUUGAACUAGAACAAAAACCAAACCCUGCUACUGUUAAUUAGGUGUCAACCACACAUAGAGCACCCAAAUGGAAGCUGCAUUAAGCAGUCCACUUGCUCUUUCACCCAACCAUGUUUUCAAUGCAUCUAAUCCCGGAGAUAGAAAUUAUGGGUUCAGAUAUAGCCGAAGUCGGAGUGUUGUAAUAAUGAGUGCGGCAGGGGCAGUAAUAGGGAAAGGUGGCGGGGUGUUGGACAGACCAACCAUAGAGACAACUUCGCCUUCUCGUCAAUCUGAGUUUGAUUUGAGAAAAUCGCGAAAAACAUCCCCGCCUUACAGAGUUUUGCUGCACAAUGACAACUACAACAAGCGUGAAUACGUCGUGCAAGUUCUGAUGAAGGUGAUACCCGGAAUGACAUUAGACAAUGCAGUUAACAUCAUGCAGGAAGCGCAUUAUAACGGCAUGGCAGUGGUGAUCGUGUGUGCUCAAGUGGAUGCUGAAGACCACUGCAUGCAAUUAAGAGGAAAUGGGCUCCUAAGUUCAAUUGAACCAGCAGAUGGUGGUUGCUGAUUAGAUUACCAUCUAUAAAUUGGAUCAUAUAGUUUCAUUGUUAUAAUGUCCAUAAUGUCCACAUUUCCAGUUAUUAAGGAAUAGUUGUAUAGAAAAUUAGUGAGACUAAGCAAGAAAGGGAUAGUAUUAGAUACUGUUGUACUUGUUAUGCAGGACAUACACUGCUUCCAUCCAUAUAUGGAAGCAUUAUUUAUAUUUAAAUGGCCGUAUAUAUAUAACAUAAUUCUGCUACCA